UAAACUACAACUCCAGUGCACUGUGUAGUAGGCCUAUUUUCAAAUGGCACGCAACAUAUCCAAGAAAUUUGAUUGUAGUAGACUAAUCAGUGGAUUGAUUCAGGGCCACCACAGGCACCUUUUAUAGUCUACAUGAAUAUUGAGGUUUAAAAAAAAAAGUAUGCGAGGGCUUUCCUUGGUGUAUGUCGCGUUUCUCUAGCUCCCCUGUCGGCUUGGGUAACCAACGCGCAUUGGAAUAAAGGGAGCCGUCGAACCAGUCUGCCUACUACUCUCUCUCCGGCACGGAAACCGGUUGCUGUCGGAAUACGGCACAACCUAAUUAUUUCAUUUCAAGGGAGACAAAUUUACUUUAAAUUCGGGCGUUCGUAAAGCCUACUACACCGUUGAAGAAGUAGAAAGUUGUGACACGCCCAACCUCACAUCAAAACUGCGCCCGAGAUUAUCGUGAAUUUAUUUGGCUCCGCGAAGUAGGGAUGAUAAAUACAUUUGAAAAAAUCCCGCCAACCUAAAACAUCUGGAAAGGGAAAGGGGGAUACCUAGUCAGUUGUUCAACUGAAAUGUGUUUUCCGCAUUGAGCCCAACUCCUCUGACUCUGCCAGCGAACACGGUUGUGUGCAAUGCAGUAGCUCUGGUAAACAAUCAAAAAAGAGUGUGAGGGGGGGGGGAAAGAGGGGAAAAAGAGCAAGACCAUGGCUCAGAUUAAGCUGCAGAAUGUGGAGGACUACUAUGAGAUUGGAGAGGUUCUUGGCAGUGGUCACUUUGGGCAAGUGCGUGCGGUGCUGGAGCGUGCAUCCGGGGUCCGCUGGGCGGGGAAGUUCCUGAAGCUGCGUCGGAGCGCCAGUAGUCGCCUGGGCCUGGAGAGGAAGAGUGUGGAGAGGGAGGUGGAGAUACUGCAGAGCCUGCAGCACGCCAACGUCAUGGCCCUCAGGGACGUGUUUGAGAGUCGCGCUGAGGUGGUGCUCAUCGUGGAGCUUAUCAGUGGUGGGGAGCUGUUUGAUUUCAUAGCAGAGAAGGAGAGCUUGUCUGAGGAGGAGGCCAUAGAGUUCCUGAAGCAGAUCCUCAAGGGCGUUGGCUUUAUGCACACUAAGAACAUUGCCCACUUUGACCUCAAGCCAGAGAACAUCAUGCUGGCAGACAAGAUGAUGCCACACCCCCACAUCAAGAUCAUUGACUUUGGACUGGCCCAUCGCCUCAAACAGGGGGAGGAGUACAGGAGCCUCUCUGGGACCCCACAGUACAUCGCCCCUGAGGUGAUUAACUACGAACCCCUGAGCGAGGCAGCCGACAUGUGGAGUAUUGGUGUGAUAACCUACAUAUUGUUGAGUGGUUUGUCCCCCUUUCAAGGAGAUAAUGAUGAAGAGACACUAAAGAACAUCGUGGGGAUGAUCUAUGAGUUUGAAGAGAUCUAUUUCAACCAGACCAGCGCCAUGGCCAAAGACUUUAUUGAGAAACUGCUGGUCAAAGACCCAAUAGAGAGAAUGACAGCGAAUGAAUGUCUAGUACACCCUUGGAUCAAGCCCCUCACGCGCAAACAGGCAGCUAACAGAAGUCGAUCAUCCAUCAACAUGAAAAGCUUCAAGAAGUUCAACGCCAAGAGGAAAUGGAAGAUGUCGUUUAACAUGGUGUGGGCGUGUAACAGAUUAUUUCGCCUGCAGUUGCAGUGUAAAAGCAGGUCGCAGGAGGACCCGGAACUGAGACAGUGUGAGAGCGACCAGGAGGACACGGAGACCAAGCCUGCUUCUCUCAUUCGCCGUAGACUCAGCAGCAAUUCCUAAAUAAGACCACUGGGGUCACUAACACAGCCUCAGACCACCUUUAUCCAUCCCGCCAUGGGGAAAUGGAGAGAAGUCUUUUGUGAGUGAUGCACCGGUCAACAAUACUCUAAGUUACAGAAUGACUGACUAUGGCAGUGACGAUACGCAUAACGAACACAUGAUGUGCAGGUGCCUAAAGCCAGUGUUGGUCCACAGAGUUGAAUCUUAAUGUCUCAGACAUGGUUCCUGAUAAAACCAGUGUAGUUGACAAACCACUUCUGUUGCACCUCACCCCCAUUUGACCUAGGGUGUUGCCAUUUUCUGAAAUGUAUUUGUCCGUGCCUUUUAAGUUUGACAUAUUUAUUUUUUGAAAAUGCCAAAACCUUUGUUUAGGUUUGAUGGUUUACAGGAUCGAGUUUGUCCCACUUAUAGCUAACCUCAAUUGCAAUUAUUCUGCCUUACAAUAUUAUGUGGUUAUUAUUUAGCCUCUAUUGUUGACUGCUGUGUGCCUAUCAAAGGUCAAGACUUUUCCAAACUGAUUUUAUUUAAUUUUCUUAGACAUAUGCAUUUAAUACAAUUAACUAGAAAAAGUACUUGGUAACAUACAUUAUUUGAUUGUGUCAUCAUUUUAAUAUAAGCUUAUACAGAGCUACUGUACUAUCAAAUCAAAUUUUAUUUGUCACAUACACAUGGUUAGCAGAUGUUAAUGCGAGUGUAGCGAAAUGCUUGUGCUUCUAGUUCCGACAAUGCAGUAAUAACCAACAAGUAAUCUAACUAACAAUUCCAAAACUAAUUUCUUAUACACAGUGUAAGGGGAUAAACAGUGUUAUCCAUGUUUGAUAUUGAGUGUUUGACACUGACAUGUGUAAUGUGGUCUUAGUGUGUAGAGCCCUUAAAAGCCUUACCAAACUUCAUCUUAGAUAUACUUUGUUGAACAUUUCAACUAUCUUUGGCUUAUGUCAAAUUUACAGUUUUUUUAAAAUGGAAAGCUAUUUUAUAACCUUGUGUAGGCUUGUUUUAUAUAUAUAUAUAUAUAUAUAUAUAUGAGAGAGAGUUUAAUACUGACAACUAUGUUUUGUGAAUUGUGUGAUGGUGAAUAAAAAAUGUUUGUCUGAUGUUAA